UCGGCUUAGGGAUGCCUGACGUCAAGGGGCGGGGUCCCGGUCGUGAAUGGGGUAAGCAUGUUGCAGUUUGGCCUUUUUCGGCCCGGGAUGCGGCGGAGUUGGGCCUUGAGCCGGCAGGUUUCCGAGGCCCAGUUCCCCAGGAAGCGGUGGCUGGUAGCUGGCUUGGGGAACCCUGGAAUGCCUGGCACUCGGCACAGCGUGGGCAUGGCAGUGCUGGGACAAAUUGCGCGGCGACUAGGAGUGGCGGAGAGCUGGGCUCGUGACUCCCGCUGCGCUGCCGAUCUCGCCCUGGCCCCGCUUGGAGAUGCCCAGCUGGUACUGCUCCGACCCCGGCGCCUCAUGAACGUCAAUGGGCGCAGCGUGGCCCAAGCUGCGGAGCUGUUUGGGCUGACUGCAGAGGAGAUCUAUCUGGUACAUGACGAACUGGACAAGCCCCUGGGAAAGCUGGCGCUGAAGCUGGGGGGCAGUGCAAGGGGCCAUAAUGGAGUCCGUUCCUGCAUUAGCUGUCUCAAGUCCAGCGCAAUGCCAAGGCUGCGGGUAGGCAUCGGGCGCCCUACACACCCUAAUAUGGUGGAGGCUCAUGUUCUGGGCCGCUUCUCCCCGGAGGAGCAGGAGCUACUGCCCCCAUUGCUGGAUCAGGCCACCGACCUGCUCCUGGACCACAUCCAAGCUCGAAGCCAGGGUCCACUGCCAGGCCUCUAACACCAGUGGACAUAUCGACCUGAUGGACUACCUACCAGUGCCCUGACACCCAGAAAGGGCCACAGAACUGCCAUUGACUCAUGUGGUGGUAACCACUGUUUAUGCAACUUCUCUGGGUUGCCCCAGGCCACUUGCAGAUUCGAGGAGGGACUGUGUCCACAGCAGUCUGUUUCUGCACGUCUCUCCUCAGUGUGCUACUUGCGGUGUAGGAAACGUCUAGGAAGGCUAAACUUUCUGAACCUUUUGAGAGUGCCGGAUGGGUAGAUCUGCAAAAUUAAAAGAUGCUGGCUUGAAAUCUGAAGCC